ACCACAGCUCAUGGCAACACCAGAUCCUUAACCCACUGAACAAGGCCAGGGAUCAAACCCUCAUCCUCCUGGUUACUUGGGUCACUGGGUUACUUGGUGUGGGUUUGAUUCCUGGCCAGGAAACUUCCACAUGCUGAGAGUGUGGCCAAAUAAAAAAAUAAAUAAAACAAAACAACAACAACAACAAAAAACACAAGUGAAGUACACUGCCAACACCCCAGCUUUCUUAAAAUGCUGCCCAGGAGCAGGUGGUUCCUUUGUCUUUUCCAUGGGCAGCUGCUUCAUUCUGGAUGGAGAACGGAAGGGCCUCUGCUGCUCUAAGAUGGGACUGGUCCAAAUAUGUUUAUUGCAUGUUCACCACAUCCAGAGAUACCAUAGGUAUCAUACAGUUGACUAAAUGUUUGUGUUAUACAUUUCUUUCUUCAUUUACGAAGUACUCACUGAGUGCCCGUGAUGUGCUAGGCCUUCUACACACUCAGGAUAUAAGACACAGCAAAACAGACAAAGGAGAAGAGAGGCUCAGAUGAUAAACCACUAAACACAUAAAGAAACAAUAUUGAGUAACACUGGCGGUGACAUAACAGAGAGAGAGAGGGUGUGUGUGCUCGUGGGGGAGGGCCUCUACGGGAAGGCGACAUUUGAAUAGAUCCCUGAAGGGAGUGGGGAACAACCAUAAGGGGGUCUAGAGGAAGAAUGUUCUAGAAAGAGGGAACAGCCAGAGGCCCUGAGGCAGCGCAUGAAGAGAGUGGAGUGGGGUGAGCAAGGACAGAAGAGAUGAUGGGGCCAGGUCGGUGGGGCCUUGCCGGCCACAGGAAGGACCUAGACCUUAAGCCACUGGAGCCAGGAGAGUGACAGGAUCUAACUUACGCUGUAAAAGUGUCCGUGGCUGCUGAGGAGAGUUCCUGUAAGGACGGCAGGAGUGCAAUGGAGCCUCCUCAGGGCCCAAGGAAGCCUCUGUCUGGGAGGAGAGCCAGGUCUUUGGACAGGUCGCAGGACCCCAGGAGGGAUUCAGAGCCAGGGGACUGCCAGUGCCUUUCCAUGCCCGCCACCCGCUCUAGGAGGAUGCUUCGCCGAACGGCCAGCGAUGGGACCAGAUGCGCUAAGAGUCUGGCUCAGUCUUCGGAGGCUCAGGGCCCCACGGCCACAGCCCUCAGCCCUGAGGAGACCCGGGAAUUUCUCCCCAGUGAGCCAAGACCUCCACAGGACACCAAGAAGGACAAGGCCCAGUGGCGGACCCAGCAGGGGUGGCUGAGAACCAUGAUGAACUUCUUCUUUGGGACAGGCCAUGAGGAGUCCAAGGAAAAGGCCAGCAAGAGGGCCAAGGGGAAGGAGGGCCCCCCUGAGCCUGCAGAAACCCCCGAGACAUUGGGGGAGCCAGCUCCCAGGAAGAAAGCCCACCACAAGAAGGCCAGCCGCAAGAAGCACAGUCAUAAGAAACACAGUGCUGAAGAAGUCAAGGGGGCCGAAGGCCAAGAGGCCAAGGCGGCCGCUGCCUCCUGUUGUGGGGAGGCUGACCUGGGCCCAGGAGCUGGGGAAGGGGACAUUUCUGAUCUCCAUUGCUUCUUGCUCUUCGAAGGCAGGAGUGCUGGAGUCCAGGGGAUUUCUUCCCAAGCCACAGGUCACCAGCGGGAAGAGGAGCUCCGGAAGCCUGACAAGGAUACCAUCAUCCAGAAGAUAGUGGAAUUGCUCCAGAAAGUGGGAGACCAGUGGGAGGAAGAGCAGCGUCAGGCCUCCCAGCCAGAGGUGGCUCCACAUCCCCCAGCACCAGUCGCCGGGAGGAAAUCCCAAGAGAGAAAGUCCAGUGUUACGAGAGCCUUUUCUCAUAAGAAACACAGCCGGGAGGAGCCCAAGAGAACAGUGGCUGCAGAGGUUUCCAGCCCGGAGUCCCGGCCACCCAAGAGGCCCAGCUUUCUGCCCCUGUGUGUUGGUAGCCAUCGGGCCUCCAACUCCAGCAGCCUCGGCAUGGAAGCGCCUGAAGUCCCAGUGGCUCCGUCAACAGCCGAUGGCGACCCCAGUCCCCUGGAGCUUUCCACCCCUGCAGGAAGUCGGGGACCCGAAGAGGACCUGCAGCUGGACAGAGCCUCAGAAUUCAAGGAAUUUAUCCAGAAGAUCAUUGCCCUACUCCAAGAUGCAGAGGAGCAGGUGGCAGACAAGCAAGUCCAGGAGCCAGAAGUGGCUGUAGAAAACCUGGCCCCAGUCUGCAGGAAGAAAUGCCAAGAGAAAAAGUCCAGCUUCAGAAAAGCCUUUUCUCAUAAGAAACACAGCUUCAAGGAGACCAAGAGAACAGGGGCUGCAGGUGCUGCCAGCCCGGAGUCCCGGCCGCCCAAGAGGCCCAGCUUUCUGCCCCUGUGUGUUGGCGGCCAUCGGGCCUCCACCUGCAGCAACCCUGAUCUGGAGGAUCUUGAGUUCCAGGAGUUCUCACCUGCAGAAGGGAGCCCAGGUGGAUGCUCAGAAGCACCUUUCCAGGCCAGAAGCCACAAACCAGAAGUGGGGCUUCAGCCAGAAGGAGCCAAUGAAUCAAAGGAGCUGAACAUCCAGAAGCUGGUGGCCCUUCUCCAAGAAGCUGAUGGCCAGUUGGGGGAGCAGAUCAGACGAUACCCCAGCUUUAAGAGGUUUUUUUACAGGCUCUCAGACUCUUCCCUCAGAAAGCUGGUAGCCACCCUGCACUGCCAGGAGGCCCACUCCGCUGAGCCUGACAGGAACCUUGCCGAGGGAUCCUACCCAUUUGUCUUCGACUUGGCUAACAAACCUGCUGGCAACAAUUACCAGGCUGUCCUCAGCCUCGUGGGCCUGCGCUACAGGCAAUCCAGCUACGGCCAAUUCCCGUACAGAGAGGCGCAGCCGAACAUCACAAGUCCUCAGAGCCAGAGUCCAGACUGAAAGCUGUGCUUUGCACUCAAGUUCCCUUAAACUAUCGGAACAUCGGCAGCUUUAGCCAGGAAACCCUGAAGAUGCUCCAUGAUGUCCCAGUUCAGUGCCUCACCAACGUAACGGUGUCCACCAGCAUGGACUUAUUGAGAUAGCGAAUGCACAAGGUGUCUUCCAUGAAGCUGGAGGCAGAGGCCAUGGCGGGGAAAGAGCACCGGACUGGGAGUUAGGAGACCAGGACUCCACCUGCCAAUCUGCCCCAAACUUGCCGCUACACCCUGUACAUGUCCCAGGUCCCCUCUCCUUUCCAGACCUUGGAUUCUGGGCUGGACUAGUGACUGAUCAGAUCCUUUCUGGCUCUGUUAUGCUGACAUAUCUCUUUAGAGGCAGUAAGUGCCCUCACUCUAUGGCUAAAUACAUCCACCCUAUGAGCUGGAGGCAGUCUUUCGGUACUGACCAAAUGAAUGAAUGGAUGGAUGGAUGAGUGAAUGAAUGAAUGAAUGAUUGAAUGAAAGAAUGAAUGAAUGAAUAAAUGAGGGGGGCUCCCGAGAUCCAGGCAAUUCUGCCAGCCAUUCCCUUGGAGACCUUGGUCUCCAACUGGAAAUGUGCAACCAGUUGUUCCAGCUCUAAAUUGGGAGUCAGGGAAGAAAUGCGGGAGCUACCUCAACAGGCAUUGGUCCAAAACACUGAACAGGAGUCAAGGCUUUGCAUUCUUGGGCUAACCCUAGUGUCUACUGCUGACUUCUGUGCCCCCCCCCCUUUAAUUAUGUCUUUUCUUGAUCCACCAGGGCUAAAAACAUGCCCACAUCAUGUAAAAGGCCUGCCCAUACUUUUACAGAUGCUAGCUUUAAAUGUCUUAGUUUUAAAAAUAGGUUUUUUUGGUUAAUCUCUCACCAGAACAUUCACAUGCACGUAACAGAUGUGCAUCUGUGUGUAACACAUAAUUUAUUCAGUUGACCAACAGUGCUUAAUACCAUAUGGAUUUGUAAACCCUCCCAGGAUCUCUGCAGCCUCCAGAUAUGGAAGACCUAUAGACUGGGGACAACUGGUCUCUCAGAACUCUUCCAACCCUUUAUCCUAUAAUUCUAUGACCAGAGAAAUGAAGCUGAUGCCUUGCAUCUCUCCCACCUCACAGGAGUUUGCCAGAAGCCAGUAAGAAGAACGUGAAGAGUUCUGAAACCACAUAGUUCUGUGUCUACAUAUGUUGUUAUUCUUAUUAUAGCUACAGUCUCAGUAGUUUUCAGGAAAUGGGGAAGGGCUUUGAGCUGGAUUGCCAUGGAUGGUUGCAUGAGUGUGCACUGCUCAAGACCACCAUACCCCAGGAAGUGCUCUUCACUUCCAAGAUAUUCUGGAUUGAAAGAUUUACAGUGAUGAUUUUCUAGCAGAGGGCAGUAAAGAGUCUUGAGAAAGGGGCUCCUUUUUUGUUUUAUGCACAAGGGUGAGGUUUUGUCUUCUACAUGACUGAAGAGUUCCAGCAGCUUGGCUCAGGUGGACAACUUGCCAUGUAUCCAUUAUCCGCAUGUAGGCCUGACAGGGCUAAGAACAUAGCCCUUGGACUCUGCCUGGCGCAUGCGGCCAUAGGGGAGAGGGUGUUAACACCUGGAUGGCAAGUUCAUUAUUGUAACCCUUGGUGGACACUGUUUUGCUGUGUUGAACUUGUGGUGAGCACCAUGGGAUGGGGCUGGGGGGUGGGAGGGAAGCCAAGGGCAGAGAGUCCCUAGGCACUUAGAUCGGACUGGCCUCAUACAUGAGGCAGAGUUUUAGAUUUUGAACAUAAUUUAGUGUUAUUUCUGCUUCUAAGAAGUAGGGGAGAGGGGAGCUAUUUAUGGAUUUAUUUUAAGCAGUGUUCAGAAACACUUCACGCCAAAAUGUGAAGGGUCAGAAUCAUGAGGGUCAGGAACCUUCUGUACAUAGCUUACUUGGAAUGAUGUUCUUCAAUUGUAUGAGUAUUUGGUAUGAGUUCCUGAUGCUGGCAUCUGAAUAUCAUUUUUGUACUGUGUUAUUUGAGCAAAUAAACUCGCCUUGGAUUAUUCACUGUGGGGGCCUGAUGGGACUGUCUGCCACAUCUAAGCCAGUCUGUGGGGGUCUUUGUCCCUGCUGGGGGGCCUUGUCUGGAUAGUAGGCAGUAAAAAAACUGUCCUGGGAUGAGCAUUAGGUGACUUGGGUUUUAGUCCAGCCACCUAUAGGCUGAUGACCUUGGAGAUAAGACACUUCCCCUCUGGACUGGACAUUCUACAGUUCCAUGACUGUUUGGGUGACAGUGAAUUAUACGGUCAGGAAAAUCUGGGCCAGUCCUGAUGCUACACCAUCUGUCUUAUUAAUCCCUAAACAUUGGUGCCCAAACCCUGUCACUCAGAACCUGGAUAAAAAUGAACAGAAUACAGUGCCUGGUUUUUGGUCCAGAAAAUAUGGGCUCCAUUGAAAGGCAUUUUUAGGCCUCCUUGCCCCUGUCUCAGAAAACACGUGAGUCCUUUCAGCAGCUGCCUGGGGAGAAGAACUUUUACCCAUGGCUGGUCUUCUGUUGUGAGGGGCAGCUUCCUGCUGUGAGGAGGGCAGGAGAGGGCAGCAUAACUGUCCUCAUCUCACAGAGGAGGAAGCUGGGGCUGGGAGCAAUCAAGGCCACACAGCCAGCUGCAGAGAGAACCAGCCCAGGACACUGUUCCGGGAAGCCCUGUUAUAGUGCCUAUCGUCUAAUCCAUGAGUUCAUUUAUUCAACCAUCAUUUGUUGAGCACUUACUAUGUGCCAGGUCUGAGGCUAGCUCUAUGGAAAACACAGAUGUAGAAGACACAUACCCUCGCCCUGGGUAUGGGAACUUUGUGCCAAGAGGAAUCCAGGGCAGUGGGAUGCCAUGUGAGGGUGGGGCUCCCUCAAGUCACAGCAUGGAGGCUUCAAGAUCUGUGAGGGGCAGAGGAGACCCUGCUGCUCUGAAAGGCUUUUGAAAGGGGGGCAA